GACCGUGUACACAAAUGACGUCAGGCGUGCAAACAAUGACGCCACGCCGCGUAAAACUUUCGCCACGCAGCGCGCCGUAGCGCGCGCUCCCAACGCCGCCACGUGGAUCUCCGCGCUCCCCGCGCUCUCCUCUCUCCCUCCAGCGCGCUUCUCGGACCUCCGCACAUCCCCUCGGCACCCUUGUUUACCCCCUCGUAGGCCCCGUUCCCUCCGAACCCCGAGUGCGGCCUAGUACCCCGUCCCGCGCCGACGCGGAGCCUCCGGUCUUUCCUAGAGGCCUCCGCCUGGUGGAAGUGGACGCUGACCUGGCUGCACCCAAGCCCGGCGGACCGGUCGCGUUUAUCUCUCGUGUCUUGUCGUUGUGUCUUUCUCGGGGACGCUCGGCGAGAUGGUGUCGCGCAAGGUGAAGGUGUGCACGGCCCUCGGGCUCUCCUACGCGCUGCUACUGGCGGCGUUUCUCUGGCUGGACGUGACGGCGCGGCCCGCGGGCCUAGGCGCGGCCACGCACGGGAACGAGGACCUCAAGGAGGUCGCGGCGCCCACGGUGGGCAAGGGCCCGGUCGACGGCGGCGACCAGGGUGGACAACCACAGCAGCAGCAGAAGCAAGAGCAACGGCAGGACGAUCAGCAGGAGGAUAAACGGCGGCAACAGCAGCAGGAGGAGGAGAAGGGAGGAAAGGCGUCGCGUCCUGCUAAGAAGGAGGAGGCCCACUCGCGGCGUGCCGAGGAGAAUGAGAUCCUCCCUCCGGACCACCUCAAUGGAGUCAAGAUGGAGCGCGACGGGCACCUCAACAAGGACUUCCACCAGGAGGUGUUCCUGGGCAAAGACAAGGAGGAGUUCGAGGAGGACUCGGAGCCGCGCAGGAACCGCCAGAAACUCAUCGAAAUCUUCGCCAAGGUCGACAAGGACCGGGACAAGCGCAUCUCUGCGGUCGAGCUGCAGGAGUGGAUUGUGGAGAAGACGCGUGAGCACCUGCAGCAGGCGCUGGACGAGAACAAGCCACACUUUCGCACGCUCGACCCGGAUGGGGACGGGCUGGUGACGUGGGACGAGUACCGCCUGCGCUACCUCGUCAGCAAGGGCUUCGACGAGAAGGACAUCGCCGAGCGCAUCCGCGACAAGCAGGAGCUCAAGAUCGACGAGGAGACUGAGGAGCUGAUGGACAACUUGAAGGAGCGGUGGAACCAGGCAGACGACGCGCCCCAGGACCAGAAGUUGAACGAGAAGGAGUUCCUCUCGUUCCAGCACCCAGAGCACAGCCGCAGCAUGCUGAGCUACAUGGUGCAGGAGAUCAUCCACGACCUGGACCAGGACAAGGACCAGCGGCUGUCGCUGUCGGAGUUUGCAUCGCUACCGCUGGGCACAGUGGAGAACCAGAAGGAGCAGGACAUCGACGACGACUGGGUGCGCGAGCGGCGCAAGGAGUUCAUCGAAGUCAUCGACUCCAACAAGGACGGCUUCAUCACACGCAGCGAGCUCGAGGAGUACAUGGACCCUACCAGCAGUCACAACGCGCUGAGCGAGGCGAAGCAGAUGAUCUCGGUGGCGGACGAGGACGAGGAUGCGCAGCUCAGCCUGGACGAGGUGCUGCGCUACAGCGAGUACUUCACGGGCAGCAAACUCGUCGACUACGCUCGCAACGUGCACGAGGAAUUCUAGGGCCGCGGGGGGCGGCACGGGGGUGGCCCACAGGAUGGAUGCAAUUGGGGGUGGCAGGGGGGGGAAGAAGGGAUGGAGUGGCGCCAGCAGCGGUGGCAGAGAUGGUAAUUGAUGAUAGGUGGUGAUGGCGAGGAAGAUAAAUGCAGUAAGCCUCAUGGACUCCACGCACUAGGUGCUCGAGAGAUUCUAGAGCAACAGAUGAGAGCUGAGAGGGCAUUGGGGGCACGAGGGAGUGGAGGGCGGGAGGGUGGCACCUUGGCUUCUUGCCUGUGGGGGUGGUUCUAACGCAAUUGGUGGUGAUGGUGUUAAUGCGAAGUGGGUGGUGAUGAUGGUGGUGGUAUUUUUUUUUAUCCAUUCUAUUGCCACUGUGGUGUGGUUUACCUGGACGGUUUAACCACAUGGUGUGUGGUCACCUGUAAAUAACUAAACGCUGUGAUCCCAACGUCGUGUGUGUGCGCGCGCACGUGUCUCAAAACUGCUUGUCCAGACUAUUUACAGUCUGUCUAUCUGCACUGUGUGUCUAUCCAGACUAUUUCAAGACUGCAUCUUUGUCGAGCUGUGUGUGUGUCUGUGAAUGUUAACUCCCAGAAGAAGGCCCAAGUGCGGUUCCACGUUUUGUCAAAUAUACAGCACCCCUUCCACGCAUCGCAGUUGCACCCAUGUGGCACUGGGGUGGCGGUGGGCAGUAUGGACUUGGUGUCCAAGUCCCAUCUCUUCAGUGUCUUUGUGAGCAUCACUCAUCAAGAACUCUGCUGGGGAUGGAUGCUGAUUGCGAGGUUCCUGUCUGCUCGCCUAACAAUAAUAAUAUUAGAAUUUGUGAUGCAUUCCCUCUCCGAGAGGGAGGGACAGGGCGAAGGUUUGGGAAGCCACAGACAAGAGGGAGUAUGGCCACAAUCGUAGCCAGUAGUUGCCCAAGCUCUGUGGUCCUAUAUUGGGGAUAUUUGGCCAAAUCCAUGAAUCAGUGUUUAUUACACGUGGCAAACGGGAGUGUCCACAGAGUCCCCACGCACGCGAGGGGAGGGGCUAACAUUCAAUCUCCAUGCAGAUAGAAAUUAAUCCUAAUUGCUGUACUGAGAUGGCGACCUCUACGUCGACCGUGACGAUGGUCGACAGUCCAGACAAGGACGUGUUUUGCCAAAUCGUCCUUUCAUUUCAGCUUCUGCAUGCGUCAGAGUGCCGGUGUGGGAUGAGAAUCAGGAGUUUGCCGCGGUUGUGGUUAGCACCACCGGUUUCAGUGUGGUCGGGUCAACAGUCUGCAGUUUGCGUGCAGUGGUGAAGUGUGGGCGUCUUCACCCCCCUCCCCCCUCCCAAGACGUCCAGCUUUAGAGAAACUGUUUAAAGCUCCCAAUGGUGGUUGGUGGGGUGGAGAGUGGUGGGGGAUGAGGCCCUCCUUGGCAGCAUGGGAGCAAGCAAUUGCAGGGCUGAACUGUGACCUCGAGCUGUGGGGGAGUGUGGGUGGCCGGGCUGAGCUGUUGCUGCGGCGGCUAGCUCGGUGUUGUGUGUGUACGCGAGUGAUGACAGUGGCGUGGAGAGAUUGACCUUUUUAAAAGAGAUUUACUCGUUUUAAAUAAAACUACUGUCGUCGCAUUUCGUCGGCUUAAUCUUCAGCCACGAUAACUAUUUAUUAACUAUCCUGUUCGCGCAUCUGCUGCUGCUACGCUUGGGCUCGGAGGUUAUGGGGAAGUGUGAAUGAUUAAGGAAGCAUCAUGAUUGCCGUGCGGUGCGUCCCUCUAUAAUUUAUGUCCGACUUGUGUUGUAUUAAAUCAAAAAUUACGUCCUGCGUCGGUGAGUGUGUGCAUGUGUGUAUGGUGGGAACGGUGGCGCAGUGCCUAGCAUGCUGUGCUACACACCCAACAACACCAACAUCGGUUAUGGAUAUCCGAACCGCUACUGGGCCUCCCUUAAGUCGACUCAGCCUUAAUGAAUUGAGCACCCGGUGCGGUGUGUAAACAGCACUGGGCGUGGCAGCGCUGGCCCACCACCACCUCGCGGCUCGUGCGCCGUGCCGGCCUUCAUGGGGGCGGCACUUGUACCGGCGGUCUGUGGGCUACCUGGGAGACCUUGGUCUACGGGCGCGCGGUCCGUCGUCGCGGUGCGUCUCGCUUGUACAUUUGCCUCCGUUGAGUACGCCGAGCGGUUUAACGGCAUGCGUGACGCUGUCAUUGCCGCUUCCGCAACAACCCACGGCCGCCGUGCAUUCGGAGUCGUCGUCCUCUCGGUCCCUCGAGGAGCUCCGAAUGGCGAGGGGGGGAGGGGCGUGUCCGUGAUCAAAACACCACCUUCGCCACCCACACCGUACUGUGGCAGUUUGUCAGAAUUUACAUAAUAAAUUUGGUGAUGGUAUAUAUAUA